AUGCAACAUGUGAAAAAGCUUCAAUCUUUUCCAUCAUGGCCGCGAUCAUUGAUACAGUCCUCUUCUUCUUCAAGGACUUUUCCGAAUCUCCACUUUCAUGUGUUUAGAGAUGAUUUAUUGAGCAUCAAGAUGAUGGAGGAUCUCCCUCCUCGCGAGAAUUGUUAUGGAUCGGAAAAAGCAUGGCAAGACUUGAAUAGUAAAUGUUUGAGUGGGAACAAAUUACGCAAGUUGCAGUUUUUACUUUCUCAAAGUUGUUGGAUGAACAAUCAUGAUGAUGAUAUACACAAUAAUAAUCGUUUCGGAGAUUUUAAUGAUUUAACAUUGGAAUAUGAUUUUAAUAAUUUAAAAGAAAUUCGUUCGUAUGGUUCUAUUCAAUCCAAUGCCAUGCUUUCCAUUGCAUAUUUAUGUUUCCGAUUAGGAAUUUCAUUUAAAUAUUUUGUAGAACGCGAUUUGAACUAUGUGGAGUCUAAUUCUCAAUUUGGAAAUUUAUUUCAUGUCAUGCAGUUGAGAUCACAAGGAUUACAAAUGGAAUUUAUUCCACUCACGGAACGACAAGAUUACGAACGUAUGAAACAUGAUUUUUAUUGCAGAACCGUUUCUCAAAGAAAGAGUUUUGAUGAAAAGAGUGGAGUCUUGUAUCUUCGAGAAGGAGUUUCUCAGCACGAAGCUCAAAUUGGAUACUCUCAAAUGGCAUUAGAAUUGAAUGAUGCGAUACAGGAAUUAGUUCGCUCAAGUAGGUCAAAAAAGCAUCAAUUUAAUGUUUUUCUUCCAUCUGGAACAGGAACAUCAGCUCUCUUUCUCUCAAAAUAUUUACUCCAAAUGAAUCAGUCAUCAUGUAAUAAUUCGGCUCGCUUUCAAGUAUUCACCACUAAUUGUGUAGGUUCGGUACAGUAUUUACAAAAUCAGUUUUGUGAGCUGGAACCAAAUGAUUCAUCCAUUUAUCCCAAAAUCUUGCAAACCACCAAAAAAUACAGAUAUGGUCAACUCUAUAAGGAAAUGUAUGAAAUGAUUCAAAAUUUAAAGAAUGAAAUUGGAGUGCAGUUUGAGUACCUCUACGAUGCAAAAGGAUUUCUCGCACUGAAAGAACAACACGACAUAUUUUUGCACGACCCUUACGUGGAGCAUUCAACAAGCACGGAAAAUCAUGUGAUUUAUAUUCACUCUGGAGGUUUGCUUGGCAACACACCAAUGGAAGAUCGAUAUCGACGAUUUCUAAUGAAAACAAGAGAGUAA